UUUAAAAUGGCGGACGACGUAACUUACGAAUAAUUUAAAAGUAAAAGCUGACCCCUUUAGAUUUACAAUUUUUAAUAAAUACGAGAAAAAAAUGUCUCAUUACGGAUCUCAAGAAUAUAGUGGAGCGAUAUUACCGGCUCCCGUGGCUUUUAUUCAAACUUUAUCGCAUCAGGUUAAUGAACACGACGUAGAGACGUUGAUUCAGGCGCAGCAACAGAUGCUUCUCAGAUUUGAAAAAACAAAUGAGAUGCUAAUUAACUGUAAUGCAUUGUCAGCAUCAAGGUUUGAAGUGGCAAGCCGAGAAAUAAAACGGCACAUACAAUUACUAACAGAAAUGAAAAAAGACCUGGAUUCAGUUUUUCGAAGAAUUAGGUUUUUGAAAAUGAAGCUUUCUCAACAAUAUCCAACAGCAUUUUCAGCUUGUAACAACAUAUUUAAUGUAUUGGAUGAAGAAGAAGAACAGGAUGAGAAAGAAACUGGUGUUUCAAAGAAGAGUCAAAUUAGUAAUGCUAUUGAAAGCACAAAUCCUCCUAGCAGUUCGGAAGACAGCCAAGUUUCUCUGAAUGUGUCCACAAUCUAAUAAAGAAAAUGCUGAUGUGAGUAUGUUGUUAGAAGCAAUUUAAAUUUAUAAAUAACCUAUAAAAUUUUUCUGAAACAUAAGAAAAAUAAAUAUCCAACAUAUUUUUAUAUAUAUUUUUUAAAGCCAGCAUGCUGGAAAAAAGUCAUUACAUGCCAAGUGUUGCCCAUCUCUAAUCUAGGUAAUAAUUAAUCUAUGGCUAUAACCCGAAGAAGGCCUAAAUGUGUGUAAUAAAUUGUUCUGUUGGAAAGGAAGUUAUUUU